AUGAACUUUUUCUCACUCGCGUCUCGCGCAGCCCCUCUGCGCCGUGCGCCAUUCGCUCUACGCGCAUCUUACAGCCAUCUGGCUCGCCCUAUCGCACAACCCGCUCGCGUGUCACCAACGUUGAAGCUGGUCAUGGCUCGCGGAGCCGCGAACUCCGUUGGUAGUCGCCCUGGCUCGCAGACCUUCGAGCAUGCCCGGCAAAACAUCAAAGAGGAGGUCGGGGACGCGGCACGCGAUAUGGCUAAGACGAUUGCCGGCGGCAACUACCCUACAGACUCUAUUGCUGGCGUCAAGGCUGGCGACGGCGAAAGCUUUAUCGGCGUAACUUCUGCCGUUGUUGCCUCUGUUCCCAAGCCUUACUUGGUUAUGGGCCUCGCGGGUGGUCUCCCUUAUCUCGGCGCAGCUGGCACGAGCGUUUACCUCGCGCGUCAAGCUGGCGACGCUGCUACCGGCUUGGUAGCUAACAUCGACCCCGGCGUAGCGCUUACGGUGCUUGACCAGGCGUUGUCCUUCCAGACAACAUAUGGCGCAGUAAUGCUCUCCUUCCUGGGCGCGCUUCACUGGGGCAUGGAAUUCUCCAACUUCGGAGGCCAGAAGGGCUACCCGCGUCUGCUGCUCGGUGCCGCGCCGGUUGUCUUCGCCUGGAGUACGCUCGCCCUCGAUCCCACGACGGCGCUCAUAGCGCAGUGGUUCGGCUUUACCGGGCUCUGGUACGCCGAUCUCAAGGCGACGGCCAAUGGCUGGACACCCAAGUGGUACUCGCAGUACCGCUUCUACCUGAGUAUCCUCGUGGGUUCGUGCAUCAUCGCGACGCUUGCGAGCACGAGCUACUGGUCGCCGCACGGCACGCACGUCAUGAUGCACGAACUCCAGGAGGUUCGUGCCGAGCGUAAGCGCCUCCACCCCGAGGCUCGCGGUGUGCUGCCCGGCGGUGAUGUUUCUGCCGUGCCGGCGUCCGACAACGAGUCAUCUGGCGCGUAUGUCAUCCUCAAGAAGCGCGAUGUCGAGAAGGAGCAGGAGACGGAUAACCAGAAGGGUGCGAAGGAGGGCCAGGAGGAGUAA